UGACAAGUUAGGGUGGGUUCGGGAUUUUGAUCUAAUCAAAUUAUAAAAUCCAAAACAUGUAAAAUGGCUUCCGAUAAAUCUUUUGUUUUUUAAGUAUAUUUAUAAUAAAGUGCUAAGUGCUAUGUUUUAUGCCUAAAAUUAAGUGUACUAAACAAAUAAUUUAGUUAUAAAAUGCGGCCACAAUAAAUAUUAGUUCGCUAAUAUAUCUUAAUUAAACCCUUAAUUUAAGGGCUUUUAAUUAGAAUCAAUAACGAAACCAUGAUGUGUUCAACUUGAAUAUUAACUGUAUCAAAUUCUAAAGAAAACUAUAUGGAAAUCGAGUAAUAAAAGAUAAAAGUUUAUUUUUUUUAUAAUGAGGCACCUAGAAAAGCAGCUACACAUGGAUUCAACAGAAUUUCAACACAGUUCUCAACAGAUUCAUAACUUAAACGUGCUUCCUGAUAUUAAAAUGGAAUUCCCAAUCGCUCUUCCCAAUAUUAAAAUGGAAUUCCCGAGGGAAUUCCCAAAGUUUGUGCUUGAUGAUAAUCUUAUGAAACACAAUUUUUUAAGCGACGAGGACAGUUCUAACGAACCACACUUGACUUUCGAUCUAAACAAUGACAGCGACAACUCGGAAGAAUUGGACUCGAUGAGUAAAACUGUCAGAAAAAACAGAAGAAAAGCUUCAGCCCCUCAAAGGGCCGUACAGAUCGAGAGCAGUCAGUCGGGAUCGAUGGAGAACAGUUCAGAAUCGUCUCAGGAUAAUACAGAUAGUUUGACUUUCACAAAUAUACAAAACUUGAGCUUGAAGUUGAAGGAAGAGUCUUUAUUGGAUUUCGUCGAGGCUGAUGAUCUCUGCUGUGAAGAUUUGCUUCAGAAUAUUACCGAGGAUGAUAUUUUUAAGGAUCUACAGGAUGAAGCAGAUGGAGAAACCAUCGACGAUGAAAUGAUAGUCAAUGUAAAAGAAGAAUGGAGAGCCCAUUGGGGCGUCAAGUGCAAUAUGUGCGAACAGGUGUUCCCGUUUAAAACCGAGUUCGAUAAGCAUUACAUUUCGAGCUACAAAUCAAUUCCGGUGUAUACAUGCACUUUUUGUAACAAAUCCGCUGAAAAAUAUUCCACAUUUCGGUCGCAUUGUUACCGACAUAUCACCGAAGGCCGCUACAAAUGUCAGUAUUGUCCGAAAGGUUUUAGCCUGCAGAGCAUGCUGCACGUUCACAUUUUAGCCAAGCACACCAAAGUCAAACCGUACAAUUGCGAAGAGUGCGGUAAGAGUUUCGUAACGAAACCGGGUUUAAAGAUCCACAUGAAGAAGCACAAGACUGAAACGAAGGAGGAUUAUCCGUGUGUCGAGUGCGGCAAAGUACUGCACACUAGAGGUGGAUUAACGUCUCAUAUGAACGUUCAUCGACUGGGAAGAAGAUUCAUGUGCGACGUUUGCGGCAAAACCUUCACCCAGAAGGUGAAUAUGCAGCAGCACGUCAAACAGCACACCGGAGAUAAACCUCAUUGUUGUAAUAAAUGUGGGAAAACAUUCGCCGAAAAGUCGCACUUGGUCAGACACUACAGCUUUCAUAGUGAGAUACGACCGUUCAAGUGUGACGUAUGCCAAAAAAUGUAUAAGACUGAACGAUGUUUGAAAGUCCAUAGUCUGGUCCACGCGCCAGCCAGACCCUUCGUCUGCGGUCAUUGCAGCAAGGGAUUUUUGAGCAGCACAAAAUUAAAACAACAUUAUAACAUUCACACCGGAGAACGACCGUACAAAUGUAAAUACUGCGAACGCACCUUCACCAACUACCCGAAUUGGUUGAAACACACGCGACGACGACACAAAGUGGACCACAAAACGGGCGCCGAACUGCCAUCCAAAGAGGGCGUGAUCAAGGAAGAAGCGCCGCCUACUCCGAUGACAACGCCUACGGCUCACGUGAUACCGACGGUGUCCGAGACGCCGGUGGAGAUGGGCGUGACCGAUACGCCGACCGUUAUGACUUCCACGACGACUGUACUGUCUACAGCGCCGCAGAUUCCGCCUCCAGACACCGUCCCGGAUAUCGGACCCGUACUGUCGGACGUCAAUUUCAGCAGGGCCGAAGAAUUGUUGUUGCAACAAGGUCUGUUCAAUUUCCCUUUGUUAGACGACAAAGUUUUGUUUGGUCAACCGAUGGAUUUUCUCACCACGAAUUCUAACAAUUCCGUAGGCCUAUUGGUGCCGUACUUCCCCUCUUUGCCAAAUCACCAGACAAUAUUACAGCACACGAGUCAGACGAUAUUGCCCGUCCAGUUGAACGAUCCGAGUAUUUAUCAAUAACUCGGUUUUGUUAACGAUUUGUACAACUUGUUUUCAUUUUGAUUCAAUUUGUUUUUAAUUUACAACAACACAGUAUUAAAAUAGCCGACUGGAAAAAAUUGGAAGGAGCGGAUUAUUUUAUGCUGAUCGGUUUUUUAUUUGCUACAUUUUGGAUUUGGGUACGAACAAUGGCAACCCUAGUUAUUCUUAAAGCUGACAGCUUCUUCUUUAAUAAUAACUAGGGUUGCCUUUGUACUAACUCCAAAACUGUAGCAUUGAAGUUUGUUACUAUUUUGACGCAAAAAUGGUUUAAAACAAUCUGUCUCUGAUUUUUUCGGUUGGGUCUUAGAUUAACAGUUUGGUUAGCUUCAGACGAUGCUGCAGAUUCUCUUUGUAGGUUUCAAACUUCUGUUGCUCUAAGUUAGGCGUGUUUUACGUUAUGAAACUUUUCACCGGUAGCGAAACCUUCAAUUAGAGUCUGUAUUAAGACAUGUAGAUUCAGGUUGUAAGAGAUGUAUACAGGGUGAUUAAAAUAUUUUAUUUUGGGUGUUCGAUCAAACGUAAUAUUUGGUAAAAUAGGUCGUAAUUCGAAUCGGGUUUACUACCGUGAAAUAUUUCACAAAUUCAAGACAAAUUUUUUGGCGGAAACGCUUAUAAAUAUUUAUUUUUUACUUCAAAAUCCAUCGAUAUAUAAAGCAAUAAAUCAUACCGAUGUCGUGAAAGUUUAUAGUGUCACCCUGUGUCUUCUUAUUUGAAUUUCUUCAGCGGCAACUCGGUAAAUUGAUUUUUGAAUUUGUUAUAUUGUAUUUUUGUAAUAACGGCCAGACCAAUCAGAAAAAAAAAGUCAAUUGAUGUUUUUUAUAUAUUGAAUAUAUUGUGAUUUGUUUUUCUUUUAUGUAUAUAGGUACUAUAUUAUAUUAUAUAUAUUUGUAUCGUCGGUACGUCAGUGCAUAACGUUUUUAAAUAAACAUUCCUUUUAUCUGCC